GCGAACAUAAUUCGUCCCUAAUAUUAUCAGAGACAAUGUCGCCAGUUCUGUUUGUAUUAGGGGUAUGUUUGGGAUGUAUAGGGGAGGGGCAUACGGCAGGUGGUGGGCGGGACAGGCGUCUGUUGCUAAGCGACCCUCACGCGAUGCAGUUACAACUGGAGGAGUUACAGAGGCGGAUCCAGGUCCUUGAGGCGCGGACCACGCCCACACAGUCACGUGCUGGCGCUGUGUUCACUAUCUGGGGGAAGAAGAACUGUCCGGCAGUCAAUGGGACGGACACUCUAUACUCAGGAAUCACCGGAGGUGGUAUGUACAGUCAGAAAGGAAGUGGCGUCACAACUCUAUGUUUACCGCAUGAUCCGGACUCACUUCCAGGGGAUUUUCCCUCCAAAACAGACGUCAACACCGCCUAUAUAUUUGGAGCUGAGUACCAGUUAAACUACCAACAGGUCGCCUACGAUGACGAUGUCCCAUGCGCAGUCUGCCACGCGUACACUUCCGCUUCCGCUAUUAUGAUUCCGGCAAAGCUGUCGUGUCCACACAACUGGAUCGUCCAGUACAAAGGAUUCCUUAGUGCAGAGAGGUCCGACUACUCGGGGUCAGACUAUAUUUGUGUGGCACUGGACGCUGAAUAUUUCGAGGGCACGCGCGCCGUUAACGCAGACGGCAGACUGAUUUUUCCCGUCAGAGCUAAAUGUGGGUCACUGCCAUGUCCCCCAUACACCGAGGGCCAGUAUGUGUCUUGUGUCGUCUGCUCCAAGUAACUGUCACGUGACUUUUGACGCGUGCAUGGACGAUGACGUUUCUGUUCUAUGUGAACGGCUUAUUUUUUGUAAUAUGUAAUUGUUUUCAACAAAUAAGAUUUUUGUUUUAUUUAAUAUACAA